CUGUCAAUAGAGCCGCUCGCUCGGAAUCCAGCUUCCUGGUUGUUUUGUUUCCUGUUGGUUAAAAAUCAUUGAUCACAUAACGCAUGCACUAAGAAAUCAAUGAACGGAUUCCUUUGCAGAGAUCCUAAUUUAAACAGAGUGGUGGCCGGUAGUCGAUGGUUAUUGAAGCUGCUGAUAAGGUUCUUGAGAGACGUGUGAGAACACACACAAUCACAUUCAGUAGCUGCAGUGACUUAUUGUGUUGCACAGACCGUUUUCACAUUGAGUGCUCUAAAUUCAUGGAGUAUAGGAUUGUUCUUGUGAGGCUACUCGUGUGCAAAAGAUGCAUUUUAUGUAACACUUCUCGUGUUUAUUUCAUCAUCACACUGUCUGUUGUGUCUGUCUCCCGUAGGGUUCCUGGCAUCACUAUUGCCACAGACAUCAUCUGUGGUUUGCCAGGUGAAACAGACGAGGACUUUGAGCAGACGAUGGAGCUGGUGAGGCAGUACCGCUUUCCCAGCCUCUUCAUCAACCAGUUCUACCCGCGACCUGGAACUCCAGCGGCCAAGAUGGAGCAGGUUCCAGCGCACGUGAAGAAACAAAGAACCAGAGAGCUCUCUGCCCUCUGCUCGUACAAGCCUUACGACCACAAGUCUGCUGAAUGGAUUCUCCUGUCUGAGAUGAAGAAAAUAAAGAUAUAA